GAGGUUGCUUCGUUAACGUUGGCGUCACCGCUAAACAGUUCUUCCGUUGACUGAGAUAGGAGGAUCCUGGGCUUCGAUAGUGUUAAGCGUCUCUCACAGACACGGGUGUUAUUGUGCAUCAAAUUGAUGAUUCGAUAGUGCGAGCGACUAGUGUGUGAGAUAGUGCAAUAGAAGAGUUGUGAAGGAAAAGAAAGAAAAAAGGAAAAAGAGGAAGAAAAAGGAACAUGUCAACGAAGGCAGCGAAGAAGACGGCGAGCACGGCGGCGAGUUCGAGCGGCAGCGUGCAGUCGCCGCAAUUUAGUACGUCAACGCCGAUCGGCCAGCGACCAGGAAGUCCAUUGAGCCCAACUCGUUAUUCGCGGCUGCAGGAAAAGCAGGACUUGCAGAAUCUCAAUGACCGGCUGGCUUGUUACAUCGACAAAGUUCGGCACUUGGAGGCCGAGAACUCGAGGCUCACGCGGGAGGUACAGACGACCCAGGAGACUAUCACCCGCGAAGUAUCCAACAUAAAGUCUAUGUAUGAGCAUGAACUGUCUGACGCGAGGAAAUUACUGGACGACACUGCGAGGGAACGAGCGAAACUGGAAAUUGAUACGAAACGAUUGUGGGAUAACAAUGAGGAACUGAAAUCCAAAUUGGAUAAAAAAUUAGUGGAUUUACAAGUAGCAGAGAGAAACUUGUUGUUAUAUGAGACACGUUACAAUGAUUUGCAAUCACAAUUUAAUCAGUCUCAAGCAGAACGUAAAAAGCUGGCUGAAAGAGAAAAAGAACUGGAACAAGAAGUAGAGAAAUUGAAGGCGUUGUUAGAAGAUGCUCGUAAACACUUGGGUGAAGAGACAUUGCAACGCAUUGUUCUUGAAAAUAAUAUUCAAAGUUUAAAGGAAGAUAUUAGUUUCAAAGAUCAAAUGUACCAACAGGAGUUAACGGAAACACGUACAAAGAGACAGAUUGAAAUUUCUGAGAUAGAUGGCCGCCUUGCUGAGGAAUAUGAAGCUAAACUACAACAUUCUUUGCAAGAUUUACGAGACCAGUAUGAAGCACAAAUGCGAGCUAAUAGAGAAGAAAUUGAAUUGUUAUAUGAAAAUAAGAUCAAAAAUUUGACAGCUCAUGCUCAGCGUAAUAGCGGAGCAGCAAGUUUAGCUGUUGAAGAAUUAAGGCAAACAAGAACAAGAAUUGAUACACUUAAUCAAAAAAUUAAUGAAUUAGAAGCAUCAAAUAACGCCCUUAAUGCACGAAUAAGAGAUUUAGAAAAUCUGCGUGAAAAUGAAAAAACUCGCCACGCAGAGAGUUUAGCAUCUUUAGAAGCUGAAUUAGGACGUAUACGCGAUGAAAUGGCUCAACAAUUACAAGAAUAUCAAGAUCUUAUGGAUAUCAAAGUUGCUCUCGAUUUGGAAAUUGCAGCAUAUCGAAAAUUAUUGGAAUCUGAAGAAGCUAGAUUGAAUAUCAUGCCUGUACAACCGAGCUCAACAGCAUCUAGUGGUAGAACUACUCCUUCAAGACAUACUCCUUUAAGAGGUGGGAAACGAAAACGCACUUUAUUGGAGGAAAGUGAAGAACGUAGUAGUACUGACUAUAGUGUAUCUGGAACAUCUAGAGGGGACAUAGAAAUUACAGAAGCUGAUCCUCAAGGACGAUUUGUUAAACUUACCAACAAAGGCAAUAAAGAAAUAGGACUUAGUGGUUGGCAAAUUAUUCGCAAAGCUGGUUCUUUGGAAACAGUAUUUAAGUUCCAUCGUACCGCAAAAUUAGAAAGUGGUGCCACUGUAAUGGUAUGGUCCGCUGAUAUUGGUGCCACACAUGAACCACCAUCAAAUAUUGUCAUGAAGGGUCAAAAAUGGUUUACAGCGGAUACCAUGACAACUAUGCUUCUUAAUAACGAAGGCGAAGAAAUGGCCACUUCAGAAUGUAAAAGACAACAAUUGUCUACGUCUUUGUCUCGACAUAGAGAAAACUUGGGUUUUCGACCUUCUGAAGAACUUCACCAUCAACAGAGAAGAUACCCAUAUUAAGUGGGCGACCGAAUGGUUCUGAUGGGUCAGUUUAUGGCGAUCCCCAAGGAGAGGAAUUUUGUCGCCUUAUGUGAAAAUAAGUCCAUGAAAUAAUCUUAAGAGUUCUAACAGCACGUUUUUAAAAAUGCUUUAAAAAAAAAAGAUACAGAAAAAGCACGUCAGAAUGAUAUAUUUUGCUUAAAAAAACAAUAAAGAAGAGAUUAAAAACAGAAUUCGCAACACCAUGUUAGUACUUUAUAUUUAUAGAGAUAUGUACAACAUAUGAGAAAAUAUUCUGUAAUAUAAUAUUUAAAUCAAAUUUAAGGAAGAGUUUCACGAGGAUUGAAACAAAUAUUAUUGCAUUUAUAUAUUUGCACUUCGUACAAAACUUAUUUGUCCGUUACAUCAGAGUUACUACUUUAUUGAAUAAGGAGCACGAGUAAUUUUUUCAGCGAGAUCGAAACUAUUUUUGGCAUACCAUUUGUUUCUACCUAGUCGUUAUCGUGCCUUUUUAAAUAUAAAAGAAAGAGAUCUUUUUUCUUAGUAGAUAAUAGUAUUUAUUUUUAAGUACAAACCCGGAUGCAAUAGGAGUGUGAUGCCCGCCGAAUAUAAUGUUCAAAUUCAUUUUUUUAACAAGAAAAUAUUUUCUGAUAUGUAUACUAAGUUUUCUAUUAAUUAAUAAGACAUGAACAGAAAUGAAACUACGUUUAGUGCAAAAUGUAUCAGCUCCGUCAUCCGGACUAUCAUUUUGUUAAUUGUAUUCGACUUUAUACCAUUUAUACUAAUAAUAAAAAUUAUCAUUAACCGUA